UAGCAUUUAAGGUGGAAUGAAGAAUUCUAAUAAUAGGCAUGUAAAAUCUAAUGGGUCUAACAGUAAAAGCAGAAAACAUAGAUACAAGGCAGUGGGUGUAGGUGAAAUAAACCUGUAAAGAGAGAAAAGAAGACCAAGCACCAGGAGAGAAAGGAUAAGACAUUAGUCACUGAGUCUUUAAAGGAAAGAUGAACACCAGCGACAGUGUUACAGUCUUAUUCCUUUGUUUCCUGACUCUGUUUUCCUUAAUGGACUGUAGCGCAUGUUGGAGAAAUAUAUUAGAAGGGGACAGUCUCACUUUGAAACUGACUGACAGGCCGCUUAAGGAGAAUGAUCAAUUCAUUAUUAAAAAAGACGAUAAAUUGUUAGUCCGCAAACGGAAUAUCAACCAAGAUAAACGAUGGAAGAUGGUAAAUACAAGCCUGGAGCUCCAGCAUGUGAAACUGAGUGAUUUUGGAAACUACACUGUUGAUGUUUUUGAUGAGGACGGCAAGAACUUAAUAUCAUACACAGAAACUGUCUGUGUUUAUGUGAAAGUUCCAAAGCCAAGAAUGAAUGUUACAUGUCAGGAUGAGAAGGUUUACAUCACAUGUGAGGUUGAGGAUAGUAAAGAUAUAUCUUUCAGCUGGCAGCAAAAUAAGAAAGAUAUCCAGAAGAAAGGAAAAGUCUUAACAGUUGUUAAGGCAGACAACUCAAAGUAUGCAUGUACUGCUCAGAAUCCAGUUGAUAACCAUGCAAGUGAUGAAGUGGAAGCAGCAUGUAACAAGGCCAGGCUCUUUGCUUUUGACCUUUGGAUUAUGGUGUGCAUCGUAGCUAGGGGAGGAGCUUGCCUGCUGUUCCUGUAAAUGCAAAGAGAAACAUCAGUGUGUACCAAAGCGCUAUCCUCAUCAGUGUUGCUGUGGAUCCAUAGGAUUAUGGGAAGAUACAUGAGGCAGGAACAUUCCCUGAUUUGGACUCCAGUUUGUCACAUGCACACACACAUUCACACCUCUGGUUAAUUUAUCACAACCAAUCUACCUGUUAUAUGUGUUUACUACAUAGAAUAACAUCAAUAUCCAGCAGCUGCUUACCAUUAAUCUUUUUAAAAAACAGAUGCUUCUAAUGUUUGAGAUAUUUAACAGUAUUUUUCAUGUUUUCCUAAUAAGCUUGUGUAUUCUGAUCAUUUGAUUUCUGUGUUUUACUUCAGAGAGCCAGUAUAUUUCUAGCUUUCUGUAACUGCAUCCAUGCAAAUGUAAUGUCAUUACAUCCAUUUACAAGUGCAUCAAUUCAAGUCUGUUUUGGUCUGACGAAUACUGCAGGAUCUGUGCUGAAGCUAUUUGUGAAAAUUGUCUUAAAAUGUCUUUUAAAAAAAACUCAAAAUUAAUGCAGCCAAUUACAUUUAUCCAUGCAAAAAUAUUAGUGUUGUUUUCGGAAGAAUUAGAGUUAUUAGAUUUGUGUUUAGAAGUGGCUACAAAGGUGUGAGAAACGUCCAGUCAGUGUUGCCAGUUCUGUUGUUUUCUUGUCAAAGUGGUUCAAAUGCAGCUGUGCUUCAAAAUGUUUGUGUCACAGAUAGUGUUUUUACGGGCUACUUUCAAAAAUAAUCAUGGCUGUCCUAAAGAAAAAUGAGCAGAAAAGCAACAAUUAUUAUUUAAGUCAUACAAGCUUACACUGAUGUGGGUGUUAUAGACCUAUCAAUGUAAAAACAGACACACAUUAGUAUAGGCUACAGCUGACUGAAUGAAGGAGAGGAGAGAAACUAAAUGUCAGGUAACAUUUUGAUUCACAUUUCUAACUGUACAACUUUGUAUCUUAUAUGUUGUAUUUUUACUUAUACUUUUAUAUUCUUAUUGUGCUAUAUAUAUAUAGUUUGUAUGUUAAAUAAAGUUAAUAUAAAGUUUGGUU